UUGGUGAUAGAAUAUGCUGAAAAUGGUACUCUCCGAGAAUAUUUGAAAGAAAAUUUUAAAUAUCUCACUUGGAAUGAUAAAUUUAAUCUUGCAUUCCAACUGGUUUGUGCAGUAUCAUGUUUACAUAACGAAGGGAUCGUGCAUCGCGAUUUGAACUCCAAAAAUGUGUUAAUCCAUCGGAAUAUUGUUAAACUAGCAGAUUUUGGCUUAUCAAAAAGAAUUGAGGAAACAUACUUUCAAUCAAAAAUAUUUGGAUUAAUUCCUUAUAAUGAUCCACAAAGUUUUAAUAGUUCAACAUCGUUAUAUGUAUUAAAUGAAAAAAGUGAUGUUUACAGCAUUGGUGUAUUAUUAUGGGAGAUAUCCAGUGGCCGACCGCCUUUUAGUGAUGAAUUAAAUUAUCUUGGAUUGGUUAUGAAAAUUUUUCAAGGUCUUAGAGAGAAACCUAUUCUUGAUACACCAGAAGAAUAUAUAAAAAUUUAUACUGAUUGUUGGAAUAUUGAACCUGAUAACCGUCCAACUAUCAAUCAAGUUGUCGUUAAAUUA